AUGAGAUCCUCCGUGUCUUGCGAGAUAUGGACCGCCAGCGCGCCGAAGACCGAACCCGCCGCCGUGAAGCUCAAUCCCGAUUUGCUGCACAGACGCCGCCGCCCGCCACUCCAUCACCGAAACGACCUAGACAAGAGCAAGCGCCUCUCACUCCGCCGCCGACGCAGCCAAGGCGCUCCCCAAAGACCCCGGCCGAUGCGAGAAACCGUUCAACUUCAACGAGACUCUGUCGAAUCCAUACUGCAUCACUACAACGCCACUUUCCGCGUCAAGGAGCAGGCAUCAUCGACAAGAUCCUGGUGCAACGAAGUUCCGGUUGCCCUCCAGGUAGAGGCUGCUAAAUCUUUCUACCAAGCGUUUACCGAGGAACGGACGUUGCCGGUUUCCCACUGCGUCUUCUGCUAUAGGAAGACACCGCCUUGCGAACUCGCCACCAUACAGUGGAGGGAUCGCUUGUCGCCCUCCAUGCUGCAGGCGACCAAGACUGUCCAAGAGUGUGGCGCGUGCCUUCCGUCACACGAGGGCGCCAGAGUUGACGUGUGCCGCGAGUGUCGCGCCGGCUUCGACAGUGGACGGCUGCCCAAAGCCUGCUCGGUCAACAACAUGGCCAUCGGUUGCGAACAUCGGUACCCCGAAGAGCUUGAUGACCUCUCCCCCGUUGAAGAGAGACUCAUUGCCCUGCAUGCACCUUUUGGCUAUAUCACCAAGUUCACGGUCGACAACAAGACCUGUUCGGGAAUCAGCUACCGCAAGCACGUGAAAGGACACAUCGUCGUCUUCCCGAACAAAGUGGAUGAUCUUGUGGCCACGGUUCUUCCUCAUCCCUUACUGCAGGCCAUUGAGAACAUCCACGUCUCUUGGAGCGGUCCGGGCAAGCCUGGCUCCGCAGACGUCAGACACCUGCUUCAAGUGCGCAAAUCUCGAGUGGCAGCUGCCCUGGCAUGGCUGCAAAGGAACAACCCGCUCUACGAGGAUAUCGCAAUUAACCAAGCAGAGAUAGAUGGCUGGCAGUAUGCCGACGGCUCCACUGUUCCGACCGUCAUCAUGGACCGCAUGCGAAGGGAGGAACCGUCGACCGUUGAGAAGACACAAACGGACCACAUAGUCCCGGACACUGAUCGAGGCUUGGAGGAAAACAGCUUCAGAAGCAUCGAUGAACUGGUGAACUCGAUCAACCCCACUUUUGCGGCUGAAUCCUGCGAUUUAGAUCGUACUCUGUCCCCCGAGCAGACUCAACCAUCCCCUGGUGAGCCGGCGACUCUUGUCCCCGACUCGGCUGCCAUCGGCCUGGAAGUUGACGCCGUCUGUGAGAUGUCUGCUUCCGGCAUGUUCCUCUCAGUGGACCGGCUGCCUUCGCCGAGACCGAUAAACUGUCGUUUCUGGCCGACAUCGUCAACGCCAAUCCGGAUCGACAUGGCAACUCUGUGCCGUGCGUUAUGCAGGUCCAAACUGCGGGAGACCAGCCGUUUGUCCGAGUAG